AUGGGUGUCACUGGCCUGUGGUCUGUCGUCCAGCCUUGUGCCCGACCUAUCAAGAUCGAAACGCUGAACAAGAAACGACUCGCCGUUGAUGCCUCCAUCUGGAUCUACCAAUUCUUGAAGGCUGUUCGUGACAAAGACGGCAACGCCCUGCGAAACAGUCAUGUCGUUGGCUUCUUCCGCCGUAUCUGCAAGCUCCUCUACUUCGGUAUCAAGCCAGUCUUCGUCUUCGAUGGUGGUGCUCCCGCACUCAAGCGCGCCACUAUCAACGCUCGCAAGCAGAGAAGAGAAGGAAGAAGAGAGGAUGCCACCCGUACCGCUGGUAAGCUGCUUGCUCUGCAGAUGCAACGCAUUGCUGAGGAAGAGGAGAACAACCGCAAGCGAGCCACACAUGCCGCUCCACAAGAAGAGGAAGAGCCGCUGCCCGAAAAUCUCGUCUAUGCCGAUGAGGUUCUCAUGAACCCGCAAGAACGCCAGCAGAACAAGACUUUCAGGAAGAAAGACCAAUACCAUCUCCCUGAUCUAGGCGUCCCUCUCUCUGAGAUGGGUGCUCCCAAUGAUCCCAGAAUCAUGUCGCUUGAGGAGCUCGAGAACUACGCUCGUCAAUUCGAUACUGGUGAAGACAUCAAUGUCUACGACUUCUCUAAAAUUGACUUUGAUGGUCCAUUCUUCCUCAGUCUCCCACCUAGUGAUCGUUACAACAUCCUCAAUGCAGCCAGAUUAAGAAGUAGACUCAGAAUGGGCUACUCCAAAGAUCAGCUGGAUACAAUGUUUCCCGACCGUAUGGCNUUUUCCAAGUUUCAGAUUGAACGAGUAACGGAGCGCAAUGACUUGACGCAACGUCUGAUGAAUCUGAACGGCAUGAAUGAUGACCUUAUGUAUGGUCUUGAUGCUCCUGGAAGAGUCGCUGGUGAGAGAGGCAGAGAGUACGUCUUGGUCAAGAACGAUGGUGUCGAGGGUGGCUGGGCCUUGGGAGUCGUUACAGGCAAGAACGAUGGUGUCGAGAACAAACCCAUCGACGUUGAUGCAGCCGAUCAGGAAGCCAACGAAGAGCAAGACGAGGAUGAAGACGAUUUUGAGGAUGUUCCGAUUGAAGGUCUAAAUCGUUUACCUAAGGCAACGACAGCUCAACAACAGAAAACAUUAGGCACUGAGAUGGCCAAGCGAAGGCAAGCUUUCUACAGAUCCAAACGAAGCGCUCCUCGCAAGCGAGCCAAAGCGCCCCAACAACGUAGACCAUCAGAAGCCGAGGGCUUAUUUGUGGAUGAUGACCAAGACACUACUAUGGAAGUCGACAACGAAGAUGGCGAUGCUUCUGAUGAUGAAGAGCUCCAGCGAGCUAUUGCCUUGUCUAUGCAAACUGAGGAUGUCGAACCAGAAGAAGAAGAAGAGGCGCAAGAAGACAAGGAGAAAGAGGAUUGGUUCGACAAGUUCCAGCAGACUCGUGCUGAUGAGGGUCGUCCUAUCCCGCGCGGUGGUGGUUUAGCGAUUGCGCACAUCGUCAAUAGCCGAGCAGGUAAAGCUGUCCCAGUUGCAUCAACUCCCAAUGAGGGCCUCGAAGACAUGACCCUGCAGCCCGAUCUCACAAAAUCUCGCAAUGAGACGACACCCAAGCCCAACGCUUUUGGCGAGGAAAGCGACGAUAGUGAGGAUGACAUGGAUUUCCAAGCCGCUCUUGCUGAAUCGCGCAAAUCAAAAUACCAAUCUAAACAGCCGCUGAAGACUCGACCUGAACCACCUGCACAUUCAGCACCAGCUAAACCCGACUCAGCGCCUAAAAAUGCCGCUGGUUUCUCAGGUCCCCUGCCCUUCGAAAAGCUAGAUCUGGGCUCUUCCCUUCUCGGCAAGAAGAAGAUGCANAAGACACAAGAAGAGCUGGCAGGAGGUUUCGAGAGAGACGAUACCGGUCCAGCUAAGAAGGACAAGUCAGAACCUCUACCUCCUUGGUUUGACGGAGACCUUGGUGCCAAUAUGUCUAAGCAGAAGGCCCUUGAGCGCGACGAUUGGCAAAGAACUAAAGCAUACAAUGAAGAGUUUCAAUUCGCCGAGGUUCCACCUCUAGGUCGUCGCUCGUCUCGUGAGAUCAUUGAUCUCGAUCUUGAGGAAUCACAACCUAAUGAUCCAAGUCAACAAAUAAUCGACAUUUCGGACGAGGAAGAGGAGAAGCCCAUUUCACCAAAAAUUGCAGAAACGAGUGCAGCGGAGCAGCCUGCUAUGGGUGACCUAGCAGAUCGCGUCAGAGCCGCACCUCCAACUCUAAGCAGCUUGGAAAAGGAAAAAGUUGAAACAUCGAAGACACCAGUCAUAAGUCGCAAGGAUACAGAGACAACUUCGCAAAUNGAGACUCCUGUUGUCGCAGAGCAGCUCAAGCAAAGCUCUGCUCCACCAAAGAACAACCCUUUCGCGGAAGACGAUGAGGAUGAUGAGGAGAUGGAAUGGGAGCAAGUUGAAAAUCAACAAACCAGUAUCGAAAAGGAGCCAUCUGUGACGAUUCAACCUCAAGCAAAAGAGCCGUCGCCAAAGCUCGCAAAACAACCUACGCCAGAGCCUCUAAGAGAGCCUACAAAGUCGCCAUCUCCAGACUUUGAGAAUGUAGACAUUCCGGCCCAACCUGAGGAAGCAGAACCGGCGAGCUUGGAGGAUCAACCUGCAGUAGAUGCCCCUGCUGAUAUCUCAGGAUCCGUGACUGGGACAGCGGAUCAGAACCUCCCAGCAGAGCCUGAAGCCGAUGAGUUUGGGUAUUAUUCAGACUCUGAGGAUGAUGAACUGCUUCGCCAACUCGCCACUGAGACCGAAGAACAUGCACGAUUUGCUUCAUCGCUAAAUCACAAAACGCAGCAACAGAAUGUUGAAGAGUACGAGCGCGAGUUGAAGCAGCUACGCUCUCAGCAGAAGAAAGACAGACGUGAUGCUGAUGAAGUUACACAUGUCAUGAUUCAAGAAUGUCAGCAAUUGCUGAAGCUGUUUGGUUUGCCUUACAUCACUGCACCCAUGGAAGCAGAAGCUCAAUGUGCAGAGCUUGUCACUCUCGGUCUGGUAGAUGGUAUUGUGACUGACGAUUCGGAUUGUUUCCUUUUCGGUGGCACUCGCAUCUACAAGAAUAUGUUCAACCAAGCCAAAUUCGUCGAAUGCUACUUGACGUCCGAUUUCGAGAAGGAAUUCGAUCUGACGCGGCAGAAGAUGAUUGGUAUCGCCCAACUCCUCGGCUCGGAUUACACAGAAGGCCUUCCAGGCGUAGGCCCCGUGACAGCUCUCGAGAUCCUCUCCGAGUUCCCCAACCUCAACGACUUCCGUGACUGGUACAAUGCCGUUCAGAUGAACCAGAUCCCGAAAUCGGAGGAUGCCGCAAACCCCUUCCGCAAGAAGUUCCGCCGUCAAGCAACAAAACUCUUCNNCCUUCCAACCAACUUCCCGGAUCCCAGAGUGGAGAUGGCAUACUUACAGCCAGACGUCGAUAGCGACCCCUCUGCCUUUCAAUGGGGCGUGCCUGAUCUGGGUGCCCUUCGCAGUUUCCUCAUGGCGACGAUUGGAUGGAACUCUGAGCGCACAGAUGAAGUCCUUGUUCCUGUCAUCAAAGACAUGAAUCGCAGACAAGAGGAAGGUACUCAAGCCAAUAUCACUGCAUUCUUUGAUGGUGGGAUUGGUGCUGGUGCUUAUGCGCCUAGAAAGAGGAUUGAGCAAGGUAGUAAGCGUAUGGGAAGUGCGCUCGACCGCAUGGCACGAGAGGCAAAGAAGAAAAGGAAAGGUGGUGUUAUAGAGGAUGAAGAGGAGCAUACUGAGACUGCUGAGGCAGAAAAACCAGCGCCCAAGAAGAAGGCGAAGAGGAACUCGAAGAGGUCUGCUGCCGCCACUGCUUCGGUUGAUGUCUAG